CUGCGCGCCUCCCAUCCACUAUUAAGCAGCCCUGUGACAAAUAAACAACUUAUAGAGCAAACUUUGUAUUGAAAAGCUCCGGUAAAGUCACAAAUCGCAGCAGCUCCUGGUGUUUUCUACACCGUGGAGCUCGCUGCUUGUCUUCAGCUCGUCAGUUAGCCCCGGCUAACAGCUAGCUCCGUUAGCAACAUUACUAACAGGCUCAACUCCGAGCUAACUAACUGUAAGUGACAUUUACCUGACGGGAGCGCGACAGACUAAAAGCAAGCAUGCAGGAUUUACUGGCCACCGUGGAUCACAUCAAGUUUGAUCUGGAGAUCGCUGUGGAGCAGCAGCUGGGGGCACAGCCGCUACCCUUCCCCGGCAUGGACAAGUCCGGCUCUGCUGUGUGUGAGUUCUUCAUGAGAGCAGCGUGUAUAAAAGGCGGGAUGUGUCCGUUCCGUCACAUCAGCGGAGAGAAGACGGUGGUGUGUAAGCACUGGCUCAGAGGACUGUGUAAGAAGGGAGACCAGUGCGAGUUUCUCCACGAGUACGACAUGACCAAGAUGCCCGAAUGCUACUUCUACUCUAAGUUUGGUGAGUGCAGCAACAAGGAAUGUCCGUUCCUGCACAUCGAUCCAGAGUCAAAGAUCAAAGACUGUCCCUGGUACGACCGAGGCUUCUGCAAACACGGUCCCGACUGCAGGCACAGACACACAAGAAGGGUGAUCUGUGUGAAUUACCUGGUUGGCUUCUGUCCAGAAGGAAAAUCCUGUAAAUUUAUGCAUCCUCGUUUCGAGUUACCCAUGGGUGCUUCUGAACAGCCUCCUCUACCGCAACAAGCCCAGAACCAGACAAAGCCCGUGCCCACCAUCGGACGCUCCUCGCUCUCUCUAAUCCAGUUGACCAACUCCAGUCCAGGUCAGCGGCCGCAAAACCACAUGAUGAACACCGGCAUGCAGCAAAAUAACAUGGGUUCCAACAGAGGGCCUCGACCGCUGGACCAGGUCACCUGCUACAAGUGUGGAGAGAAGGGUCACUAUGCCAACAAAUGCACCAAAGGCCACCUGGCAUUCCUGAGCGGACAGUAACCUUCAGCCUCCACGUCCUUACACCACAGUGCUGCAGCUCGCCUGCCUGAUGCGAGCAGAUGAGAGGAAGAGGAAGAGGAAGCCCCUCUGCUCCACAGGCUCAAGUUCUACCUAAAAGACUUUAACUGCUGCUCAUGUGUGUCACUUCAUACACACAGGCAGUAGGGGAGAUACACAUAACGACUUUUUCUAUAUUUCGCAACAUGCUGAUACAUGAAAGUGAGAAAAAAGAAAAAGGCACUUGAGGUCACCAUCUGCGUGGCUGUGAUUGGACGACCUGACUUUUGAGUUUGUCUGAAGUUUUCUAUGUUUGUACUGUAUAUACCACUGACUAUGAAAAAAAGUAGGCAGCCAGGGAAACACAACAGGUUGCUGCUUUUUACAGCGUAUACUCCUGUUUCCUCGGGUCAUGUGACUUAAUCUGUGAUACCAAGCUACUCAUCUUGUUCUGCUACUUUGAAUAAACCAGACGGUGUCAAUGGAAUAAACCACAGAAAAUGUGAUAAAUGCCAGUCAAUGUAAAUUGCUGUUUAUACUUAAGCGGUUUCAAUUAAUCAGACUCUGAAUGGUUUGUGCUGAAUGGAACUCUGUACACCUGCAUCAGACUUUUCAUCCUCAACUACGUAUUUGUGGCAAACAUUUUAAAUUCUCAAAUAGUUCAUUAUUCUCCAGUUGUGUGUGUGGAAGCCAUGUACUGUUAAAUCCAAAUACACACAUUUUAACUUAAAGGAUAGGUGGAGGGUGAAGCAGUUAAGCUCCAGUUGUAGCUCAGGAUUACUUUUCAUUGUUUUGUUGACAGUGGAUGCAGUCUGAACAUAUUCCCACAAUCUGUGCAGUGUGUACAAAUAAAUGUUUGUUACA